AUGGCCGUCGCAUUCAAGCACCACCCUCGAUCCCAACAAACCUAUGAGCCUCCGCUCAUUGCCAAUGAGAAUGCAUUUUUGGGGGAUGUGGAUUCAAGUGACAGCUACAACCCCGAAAAACCCAUCUCGGCCGGUUUCUACCGUCUGGAAAAAGGGACCCCACUCGUGUACGAAUACACCUUCGAUGAGAUGAAAAUCAUCCUGGAAGGCAAGUUCGAGAUCUCGGAUGAGACCGGUCAAAAGGUUGAGGCUUUUCCCGGGGAUGUGUUUCAUUUUCCCAAGGGAAGUAAGGUGACUUUUACGACGCCGUCGUAUGGGUUGGCUUUUUUUACGGGACAACGGGCCAAGACUGUUUGA